AUGCAGGCAUGCCAUUUAGUUUUGGGAAGGCCGUGGCAAUAUGACAUAGCUGCAAUUCAUGAUGGCCGAGCCAAAACAUAUGCAGUUCAAAGUGAAGGUAAGAGUCUCAUACUCAAGCCUUUGUCACCAAAGCAAGUGAUAGAAGAUUAUCGUCGGAUGAAGGAGUUAAAGGAAGCGGCUAAAGGUAAGGCUAGUAUUGUGACCGAUCCUAAGUCCACAUCACCACCGCUGGGUAACGAAGAGGUAUGUGCAAUCAUGCAACCGGGAGAGUACUUUAAAGGUAACGAUGAAAAUAAAAUGAUGAUUUUCCUAGUGCAUAAAGGUAUUCUCUUGAGUGAUAGUGAUGAUUUUUCUAAUGCCAAUCAAUUUUCAAGUUUUGUUGAGAAUCUUUUGCAAGAUUUUUUUGAUGUAUUUCCCGAGGAGAUGCCAAGUGGACUGCCUCCCUUGAGAGGAAUUGAGCAUCAAAUAGAUUUUGUGCCCGGAUCCUAA